UUCUGCUUUUUUUUUUCUUUUCUACGAGACUUGAUACAUUCCCUUUAACGUGAGAUCAGGAUGAGAACAAUCAGAACCAAAACAGCAUCUCCUCCAGCAGCAUCUUGCCAGCAACGCCCUGCAUCCCAGACCGGCGUGCGCACCACACAGACGCACUAACCGGCGAGAGGAGGACGGAGACUGCUAUCGAGCUGCAGCUGAUGCUGCUGAAGCAUCUGCAGCGCUGUUUGGCUGUCUUUUUCCUCUGUGUGUGCGUGUGUGCGUGUGUGUGUGUGUGUGUGUGUGUGUUUGCUUCCAGAUGUCAGGGGAGACUGAAGAUUGCCAUCAACGCCGCUGCUGAGGAUGUAUAUGAGCAGAACGCUUCGACGGACGGAUGGAAUAAUCUUUGCGAGGGAAAACAUGACAGGCAUCCCACCGGCGGUUCUCCGGCACGCAGUGAUAGUUUGAGGGCCGGACAUGAUUUUAAUCUCAGGGGUUGCUGUGGUGGAUGCGGGAUGAUGCGCGCCGCACCCCGAGAGAUAUUGAUAAGGAGAACACAGCUCGGUCCUUCAGUGUCCCACAAAAGAUCUUUCCUGGACUGUGGCGCACAGUGAGCAUCUUCAUUGUUUCUCUUUUUUUUCUUUCUUUCUUUUGUUUUUGGGGACUGAUGUGGAAGGAUUGGGCUGUUUUGACUAAAGGGAUCCACUGAGCACUGUUGCUCUCACCAGGAGAGGGGAAAGAGAACCAGGGCUGAGCUGCUCACCUGGUCAUUUCAACACACUAAUAAUAAGAAGAGCCGGGAGCAUCCCCUCAUCACUCAGCAGUCAUUGCAGAGCACAGAUCCACCACACCACUGCAAAGCUCCUUUCAGCAUGGCCGAGAGGACGAUGGAGCAGGGCUCGGUCAGCAUCCCCAUGGAGGAGACCAAGCUUCAUGGAGGGGCUCCCCAGGAGGCGCCACUGCUCACCCACCUGAAGAAAGUGGAGAACCACAUCACCGAGGCCCAGCGCUUCUCCCACCUCCCACGCCGCUCUGCUGUGGACCUGGAGUUCAAUGAGCUCUCAUACACCAUCCGAGAGGGUCCCUGGUGGAGGAGGAGAGGUUACAAAGCCCUCCUCAAGUGUCUGUCGGGAAGAUUCAACAGCAGAGAGCUGAUUGGCAUCAUGGGGCCUUCUGGAGCUGGAAAAUCCACUUUGAUGAAUAUUCUGGCAGGUUACAGGGAGACGGGCAUGAAGGGCACGAUCCUGGUGAACGGCCGGCCGAGGGACCUGAGGACCUUCAGGAAGAUGUCCUGCUACAUCAUGCAGGAUGACAUGCUGCUGCCGCACCUCACCGCGAGGGAAGCCAUGAUGGUUUCUGCGAAUCUGAAACUGAACGAGAGCAUGCAGGUCAAAAAAGAACUUGUGGAUGAGAUCCUGACAGCUCUGGGCCUCCAAGAAUGUGCUCCGACACGCACCAUCUCCCUCUCUGGAGGCCAGUGUAAAAGACUGGCCAUCGCCUUGGAGCUGGUCAACAAUCCACCUGUCAUGUUCUUUGAUGAGCCCACCAGCGGUCUGGACAGUGCGUCCUGCUUCCAGGUUGUUUCCCUCAUGAAGUCUCUGGCUCAGGGAGGACGGACAAUCAUCUGCACCAUUCAUCAGCCCAGUGCCAAGCUCUUUGAGAUGUUUGAUAAGCUGUACAUACUCAGUCAGGGUCAGUGCAUAUACAAGGGCACAGUCCCUUACCUCAUCCCUUAUCUGAAGAACCUGGGCCUCCACUGCCCGACGUAUCACAAUCCUGCUGAUUUUAUCAUUGAGGUGGCAUCAGGUGAAUAUGGAGACCUGAACCCAGUGCUGUUUGAGGCGGUGCAGGGUGGUCUGUGCUCAGAGGAGGGCAAGAAGAACUCCAGAGAUAAAAGUGACUCCUCCUGUCCCUCUCAGUGUCACAGUGACACAGGAACCCUUGAGAAGCAUAGCUUUGCCACCAGUACCUUCACACAGUUCUGCAUCCUCUUCAAAAGAACUUUCAUUACGAUAUGCAGGGACACGGUGCUGACCCACCUCAGGGUGAUGUCACAUCUGUCGAUUGGAGUGCUGAUCGGCCUGCUAUAUCUCAAAAUUGGAAACGAUGCCAGCAAGGUGUUCAACAACACUGGCUUCCUCUUCUUCUCCAUGCUGUUCCUCAUGUUUGCUGCACUGAUGCCCACAGUACUAACGUUUCCUCUGGAGAUGUCUGUGUUUGUGAGGGAACAUCUCAACUACUGGUACAGCCUGAAGGCCUAUUACUUGGCCAAAACCAUGGCAGACAUACCGUUCCAGGUGAUUUGUCCAAUCAUGUACUGUAGUAUCGUGUACUGGAUGACUGAACAGCCUCCAGAGGCGGGUCGUUAUCUGCUCUUUAUGGCCUUGUCCACGUCCACAGCCCUGGUAGCUCAGUCCCUGGGUCUGCUUAUAGGGGCUGCAUCCACAUCUCUGCAGGUAGCAACAUUCGUGGGUCCUGUCACAGCCAUACCUGUCCUCCUCUUCUCCGGCUUCUUUGUCAAUUUUGACACCAUCCCCAAAUACCUGCAGUGGAGCUCUUAUGUGUCCUAUGUCAGGUAUGGCUUUGAGGGUGUCAUACUCUCCAUCUAUGGGAUGAACCGGUCUGAACUGGAGUGUCCGGACCCAGUGUGUAAAUUUCAAAAGCCGGAGGAGGUCCUGCAGCUGCUGGAUGUGGAGGAUGCAAAGCUUUACGUGGACUUCAUGGUGUUGGGGGUUUUCUUCCUGGUCCUCAGACUGGCCACUUACCUGGUUCUGCGCUACAAAGUCAAAUCGGAGCGUUAAAAGACCACCACCGUCGGAUCUGGAUACUGGUGCAUAUCCCGGCAGUGUGAGAUAGUAAGAAAACAUAUAAUGUCUCUUCCUCUGUCUCUACUUCACACACAUGUAGAAAGACAUACACAAACCCGGCACAUACAAUCAGAAAGCUGUGCUACCCCAUUACCCAAACUGUACAGUAAAAACAGACUGAAACAGUUUGUUGUUCAAGAAAAAGUUCAGACUGUGAAGUGUUGUUCUGUCUACCAGGUAAUGAUACGUCUCAAACCACUAUUACCUUCCAAACAUAAAAUAUAGUAAAAUACAAAUAUUGUGUAUCUGCACCAUAAAUGAGCAAAAUACCCAACAAAGUAACAGAAAGCAUGUUUCAUUAAACUGAGAAAUUUGGAUUUGUAUUUUUUGGCCACUCCAGGAGCCUUUCAUAUGACUCAUGAGCUCAUGAGGAGCCGUAGUAACCAUCUUGGUGCAGGAGUGUCCACUAACUUGUAGCUUCUCAAUCCAGUGCCUAAAAAGGUUCACAUCAGAAUCCCAAUAAUCGAUACCUAAUUGGACAGCAUCAAACACAAGCGAUUCCCUUUUAUUGUCAUCGGAGGAGGGGGAACUUUCCAUUCCAGUUCAUGUGGAUUAUCUCUCUCUGCUGACGAUCUUAUCAGGUAUCUUUACCAAGAUGCUGAACAUGAUGACUUGUCUUUAUGGAAUACAACCCAAACAAACCGACUGCCAGUGGAUGACGUUCCUCGCUUUCCAUCUCUAGUGUGGAUCAUUUUUGCAGGCCUUCUGCCCGACCACCGAUGGCUACAGAACAUUUGGAUGAAGUGCUUGUAAAAAUGUGCAGCGUGUCUUAAACAGCGGCUGAUGUGGACUCACCCUGCGACCAGACCUACAAGUCCUUACCCGUCCCUUAUUAAAACAUGUUUGUUUCUGCCAUAAAUGAGGAAACAUUCAGUGAACUGGGAGCAAAAUGUGAAAGCGAGUAAGCAUUUUCCAGCCUGAAGCAGAGGGCUGUCCUGAUCGCAGAGAGAGUGCUGUUUUAGGUGAAGUGCAAUAGCAUUAUACUAUGGUGAAAAAAAGUGGUGUUUGUCCAAUCGGUGUCGCUCUUUUGACACAAAUUCUUUAAAAUGCUUGUUUCCACUCGUUGUAUGACUCUUUAGCUGCCUCCUCCCUGAGCUAUGAAAGGAAGUAACCUGGUUCUUUCCUUCCCUCUCUCUGCUUUGCUGAUGUCUGACAGAUGUGUGUUGUCCAAAACAAUGCUAGAUACUUGAAAUGCUGGCUGGGCAGUUUUUGUGCCUCUGAACUAGAAUGAUUUGAGUUUCCUCUGCUUUAUUGUUUGCACAUACACCUUAUGUCUACAUACAUAUGCUCUUUCUAACACACACAUGCACACACAUACACACACACACAUACACACACACACACACACACACACACACACACACACACACACACACACACACACACACACACACAUUCACCUUGGCAAUGUUUAGAAGAGCCUCUCCUAGUCACAAGGCAAUGCAAAUAUUUUCCAAUAGACUUGCUAUGAAAUAUUUCUUACUCAAACUAUGCUACUUAGUAAUCCUUAUUAUAAUGCAUAAAAUAAUGUGAGUAUAUAAUCAAUGAUUGUACAGUGAAUAUGUCAUGCUGUAAACAAAUGUACAUUUGCACUUUUCAGUGAACGUUUCUUUUUUUUAAAUUCAUUUCUAUUUAAUUUUAUUUUUAUAUAUCUAUGAGACGAGUGCUGCUUGAGAGUAUAAUGGGAAAAACAGCAACUGAAUGUUGCAUGUUCACUUUAGGAAUGAAAAUUCAGAGUAUAGCAUAAUGACUUUAGUUCUUCAUCCAACUGUAUCAUGUGUAUCCUGCCUUGUUUGAGGAGAUGCAAGUCCUCUGCUUUCCGUUGAACGGAAGCAUAUAUCUGGAAUCAGGCAUGCGUCACUGGUGUAGAUUAAAAAAGGAGAGAAUCAAGAGCAGGAAGGUAACCAAGUGUGAAACAUGACAGAUGCAAGAAGGCAAGGAUAAACAACAGUCAACCAAAUGUGUCAUCAUGUAGCUGAAGAGGGCAGUUUGAUCAAUAACCUACGAUCAACUUCACUGUUAGAGAGUAAACUGCAGCAGCUGAGGUUUGGAUUCUGUCAUUAAUAGCAAUAGUCAACAACUGCAGUGUUUUACUGUUAUACCUCCCACUUCUGCUGCAUCAGUCAGUUUAUACAUUUAAAUAACUUGAGUGCUUUUGUUCCUAUUAUGUGCAAUAACCAUCCAAAGGUAUUCUAACUCUAUGAGACCAACUUCAUGGAGGGAAAUUGUGACACUGCAAUCAGAACUUUUUAGUUGUGUUUUUGUUGCUCCUGUUCAGUAACAUUAGCUAAUGGUGUCUACUGGAUUGUCCUAACGAUUUCAUUUGAGAGACAAAAGAGGGGAAUAAUGCCACUGGGCAGAUGUUGCCAUGUUCACCAAGAUAAUUGGUUCCCAAGUUAGUGCAGGAAAAUUUGUAGCGCAGGGGAAAACGUUGCAUAAGUCAGUUUUUCUGCCGACACAGAGGAUGUGUUGUCUUAAGCUCCCCCGCCUUCGAUCAAAAGCCAUGAGUUGUAAGCUGACCUGUGGGUAUGACUGAAUUUGAAUAAAACUGCAGGAAAAGAAACGGCUCCAGCCCACGAACAAAGCAGGGAUAAUUAGCAGCACUGAAGUCAUUAAGCAGUCUGGAGAAAGUCUUUGGCCUGAGGUCUAAAGGCCUGUGUUACCAAAGAAGAAAGCAAAUCAUCCUUCUUCUGCCGCAAAAUGUGGAAAAUGGUGGGUGAAAUGCCCAAAGUUCUAAUUCAUUUUCUGACCAAAGAAAGUGCUCUGAAAACACGAAGUUUGUAGCCAUUCAGGUCUCACCAGUUUUCCUGAUUUCUGAGAUUUGUUUGCCAGUGUCUCUUCCAGGUCCAGAACACUGACAGUUAUUGAUGGUUGAUGAUUUGGCUCCAGUGGAGAUACUAAAUAACUGAAUCGUGAUCAAAUGUAAUCAUGGAUAUACAUUAUGAAGAAGCCUUGCAGGUAAUACUGCAGGAUGCAGCUGAUGAGCGCAUUUUCAAAUCAAAUAGGUUUUUUCAGUCUCUCUUGUUUUAUUUAUCAUUUCACUGUCUCAUCUGUCUCUCAUAAUAAGCCACCAGACUUAAGUGCACUCUAUCAUGCAUGUAAGUAACAAUAUUCAGACUAUCCCUGCAGAAAGCUUUGAUUUUCUGAUUGAAAAUUAAUGAUGGAAUUAAGGCUGUAUUACGCAGAUUGUUCUUUUUUUGUUUUGUUUUAUCUGAUAUAAUUUGUUUAUCAUUUGCAGUUUGAUUUACGACAACUCAAAAAAAAUGCAAGUUCUGUAUAUUGAACACUGUUUCAAGGAUUAUAAUAAAGAUCAUUUAUAACCUUU